AGUCCUCGACAUGUGUCAGUUGUGUACACGAGUAUGAAGUACACAUCACAUGUAAUUACAACCAUGGCAACUACACAACCUAGCAUCAUUCUGUUAUUCAGUGGGAAGCGAAAGUCAGGAAAGGACUAUGUGACAGAUUUAAUACAGAAAAGACUGACUGCAGAGAUGUGCUGUAUUCUCAGACUGUCUGCACCCCUCAAGGAGCAGUACGCAAAGGAUCAUAAUCUGGACUAUGAGGAGCUGAUGGGUUCUGGCCAAUAUAAGGAGAGCUAUCGCGCUGACAUGAUCCACUGGGGUGAGAUGAAGAGACAGGAGGACUCUGGUUUCUUCUGCAGACUGGCCAUCAAACACGCCACGCAGCCCGUCUGGAUAAUCAGCGACUGCAGAAGGAUGUCAGAUGUGCAGUGGUUUCGUGAAGCAUUUCCUAAUAAGUGUGUGUGUGUUCGGGUGGAGGCGUCUGAACAGACCAGAUCAGAGAGGGGUUGGAGAUUCACCUCAGGUAUAGACGACGCUGAGUCCGAGUGUGGUUUGGAUGAGGGUGUGAAGUUUGACCGUAUCAUUAGGAAUGAUGGAUCUGAUGACAUUCUGGAGAAACAUCUGGACGAGCUUCUGUCAUCGGUCAGGUCACAGGUGGACUUCAAAACACACACAAUAACAUCAUAACGGAUUCAUGAAAACUGAUUUAUGGACAUUGUUGGAGAACGCACAAACUCUUGAAUGGAAAUCUCUUGUCAUCAUCUUGUUCUCACUCUUUCUUUUGUUUGUUCUUUUUUAAUUUGGUCACACUUUAUUUUGAUGAUCUGUUUGUUGAGUUUAAGUUACAUUGCAUCUGCAUGUCAGCUAAUUCACAUUAGAUUAUUAGUAGACUGUUAGGUUUGGAUUGGGGUUAGUGUACGUUAAUGUGCACUUGCAAAGUUUCUUACAGUCUGUUAAAUGUCUGUUGAAGGAGCAGUAUCAACAUAUUAAGCAGUCUGCUAAUACUCAAAUGGACCAUCAAAAUAAAGUGCUAACGAUUUAUUUUUCUUUACAACAGUUUAUGGAUGUGGUUCAAAGGGGUGCAAUAGUGAUACAAAUUAAUACUCCAUAUUUUGGGGUAUGUUUUCAAUAUCAGUUAUCAGUUAAUAUUUUGAACCCUUAUGUGCUGUUGGGGACGUUUUCAUCCACUCUGGGGGGAUUUUGAGUCUUAAAUUGAUUAUACGUUUUUCUGUUUUAGCUAGCAGAAUGAUUUUUAGUGACAAAUCAUAUUUUGAAACAUUUUGUGAAAAUGCUUUGAAUUUAAAAAAAACCUCAACGAUACACUCGGGUCAAAUUUACUACCCUUUUGUAAUGUUCAGGAUGAAAACAUCCUCUGAAUUAAACUGCUGUAAAAAUGCAUCAGAAAAAAAAAAAUUCUAAAUUUUUUGCAUAUCUGUUAAGGCUGGUUUAUACUCGAUGCGUUCGCAGCGAAUGUGACGUCAUCGCAGUGUUUGUGGAGGUUGCGCUUUGGGUUUCGCACAACUUUUUAAAGGCUGAUUUAUACUUUCGGCUGGCGCCACGUCGCGGACCUCCGCUGACUGUGCAUGCACCCCACGAAACAGACGAGGCUUUUAUACUUGACAUGCUCGCCUAUGAAUUAUUCUUUUAAAUGACAGGGGGCAGUCAAAAUAAACUGAUUGUAAAAUCAGACGGAUAAACGGAGAAGUAGAAGCUUGCCGGAACUACAUCAUAUCAUAAACAUCAUUCAAGAUUGUUAAUCUAAUUAUUUUUAUUUAUUAUUUUAAUGAUUAUAAAGUUUUUUAUAACAAUUCAAGAUUUUUAAAAUCAAACUUUGAUGCAUCACUUGCUUUUGUUCUUAUCUCGGGCAGUUUUACCUAUUCAAGUUUAUUAAAAUAUUAAUGACAAACAAAACGAGGCAAACUUUUUUUUUUUAAAUUAUGACAAGAA